UCACGUGAUUUGAGCUAAUUUCUCGGUCAUCAACUUGAGGUUCAGAUCCGUCGAUUGUCAAAGAGAAAUCGAAAUUGUGUUUAUAUGUCAAAUGGGGCUAUAACCCCACGUGUAUAAAUGGAUUUUGCCAAAAAGCAGCUGGAAAAAUAUGGAUGGACAGACGGUAAAGGUUUGGGCAAAAACGAAGACGGAAUUUCACAAGCACUGAAACCAAAGCUAAAAUUCGACAAUGCAGGAAUAGGACACGACGUCGGUGAACAGUUCACCAACAACUGGUGGGAACGAGUUUUUAACAACGCCGCCAACAAUAUUAACGUGAAAUUAGACAAAGACGCAAUUAAAUUAGAGUUACGCGAAGAGCCAGUCGAGAUAUCCACAAAAAGCUAUUCUUUGAAAGAUCUGAAGAAAAACAAGAAUUUCGAAUAUGGCAGUUUCUUAAAAACUGCGAAACUGUCGGGGUCUGAAGUGGAGAGCUACAAUGUUGCACCUCCGGAGCCUGUCAUGUCUUUUACUCCUUUAACAGAUGAUGAAUUGUUUGCAGCGUGUGGAGGUCGCACCGCUCAUAAGGGGGCUCGACACGGUUUAAAACUGAGCGGCAAGUUAUCAAGGAUAGAAAAACAAGAAAAACUUCUCCUGAAAAAGAUGAAAAACGUUUCAUUGACUGACGACGUCAGUAAUCUGGAGAAGAAAAUGAAAAAACUCAAGAAACACAAAGAAGAAACUGCGUCGAAUAUCGUCCAAGAGUCUGAGAUUAUCAUGAGUCCCACUUCUAAGAAGAUUAAGAAUAAACGUAAAAGCGUCACUUUUAACGACGAAACCGUAGUGAAAUACUACACACCUGAUUUAGACACAAGCCAUGACAGUAUUAAGGACGAAAACAGCAAUAAUUCCGGUCUAGUAGAUCCUAAUUCGAACGCGUGCGACGAAGGGAUCGAACAAGACAUUGAAGACAGCAACAGCGAAACGAAUGACUCGCACAGGAGUUUCGAACAAGCUCAAAGGACGUUCAACGACUUGUCGAAAGCGGAACGGAAAAAGUUGAAAAAGAAACGAAAACUGGAGAAGAAGAAGACUGCUACGGCUCUAUUUAUAGAGGAAGUGAGAGAGCAGAUGUGCAUAGAAGAAAAUUGCAAGAAGCGCAAAUUCGUUACUGAGGAAAUCGAUUUUGAAACGAAACAAAGUCCUACGUGUAAAUAUUCCAAGAAAAAGAAAUAUGUACCUGAGAAAUUGAAGAAAAAGGAGAAGAAACGCGAGAAGAAGAUGAUGAAGUCGAUAGUGGCGUCGCUCGACCAUCUUUGUAAAAUAUCAGACGAUGAAUAAUUGUUUAGCAAGCUGUAAGUUAUCUUGCCGAUGAGUAUUUAAAGAUUUGCAAGUUUUUUGUGGGAGUAAAUAUUUUCAGUAAUUUGUAGUGGGAGUUUGCCAUAUAGGUUUUUGAGGUGUUGUCGUCAGUGGCAUAUUUUUAUAAAAAUAAGAAUUGUAAUUUUCCUGUUAAGUAUAGUUUUUGUAUAUUAUUACAUAACCCUCACACGGGUCUGCUGACUUGUAUACAAAUAGAGACUUAUGGUGUUCA